UGCUCACCACUAAUUCUGAAAGCUAAAAAUGCAAAAUUUGACCAAAUUUUCGGCAAACCUGUAGUGUUCCUCCGAAAAAGUUCACCUGCUGCGUGGCAGGACGAGCUGACCACCUGAUCCUCUCGAGGAUUACAUAUUGCAUAUAUACACAGGAGGGUUCCAGAUCGAGGGUUUCACGGCGAAGCGUCAAUCAAAACUGCCAACUCCCACACAAAAAAAAAAACGAGAAAAGGUCAAGUGGUCAAUUGGUCAUACGGAUUCCAAGGGGAUCCCUGUCGAGAAUGCAGCAGAAUACGGCCAGCAAUCCGUUCGCCAUGUCCACCUACGUGGAGCGACCCCAAAUGGGGCUGGACGUGGAAUUCGGAGCUGAUCCUGCAAGUGGAGCAGCGUUUUUCCAGUCCGAUGGGCGUAAACAUGAUGAUCUCAAGCAGAUGUUGGAUAGCAACAAGGAUGGACUUAAGCUGGAGGCCAUGAAAAGGAUUAUCGGGAUGAUUGCCCGCGGUCGGGAUGCCAGUGACCUGUUCCCGGCGGUGGUCAAGAAUGUGGUGUCCAAGAAUAUUGAGGUCAAGAAGUUGGUCUAUGUCUAUCUGGUGAGAUAUGCCGAGGAGCAGCAGGACUUGGCCCUGCUCUCGAUUUCCACAUUUCAGCGGGCUCUCAAGGAUCCCAAUCAACUGAUCCGCGCUUCGGCGUUACGGGUGCUAUCCUCCAUAAGGGUCAGCAUGAUCGUGCCCAUUGUUAUGCUGGCCAUCAGGGAUAGCGCCGCCGAUUUGAGUCCUUAUGUGAGGAAGACGGCAGCCCAUGCGAUCCCCAAGCUAUAUUCCUUGGACGCGGAUCAGAAAGAUGAACUGGUCAUGGUCAUAGAGAAGCUCCUCUCGGAUCGCACUACUUUGGUGGUCGGUUCGGCAGUAAUGGCCUUCGAUGAGGUCUGCCCGGAACGCGUGGACUUAAUCCACAAGAACUAUCGCAAGCUGUGCAAUCUUCUGGUGGAUGUGGACGAGUGGGGUCAGGUGAUAAUCAUCAACAUGCUGACCCGCUAUGCACGCACUCAGUUUGUGGAUCCCAAUGCUGAUGAAGAGGAUCUGGCAGAUGGUCUGGGCGAAACGCCGGUAAAUGAACGUUUCUACGACGAGUCCUCGCACUCCUCUUCCCACAGCGAAGAUAACAACAGUAGCGAUGACGACGAUGAGAAGAACAAAUCCCGAACUAAUAACAAUAACAAUAAUAAUGGCAGUAGGACGCCCAGUUCGCCGAGUAAUAGUUACCACAUUGAUGUGGAUCACCGCCUGUUGCUGAGGCAAACGAAACCACUGCUCCAAUCGCGAAAUGCAUCCGUUGUGAUGGCCGUGGCGCAGCUGUAUCACCAUGUGGCGCCCAAGAAUGAGGUCCAACUGAUAGCCAAGGCGCUGAUACGACUCCUACGUUCGCAUAAGGAAGUCCAGAGUGUGGUCCUCAAUUGCAUAGCCUCGAUGUCCACCAAGCGAAAGGGCAUCUUUGAGCCGCAUCUCAAGUCGUUCUUUGUCCGGACCAGCGAUCCCACUCAUCUCAAGCUCCUCAAGCUUGACAUUCUCACCAAUUUGGCCUCUGCUGGGAGUAUUUCGCUUAUCCUACGUGAAUUCCAAACCUACAUCUCCAGCAGCGAUCGUUCGUUUGUGGCGGCCACCAUUCAGGCCAUUGGACGAUGUGCGUCGAGCAUUAAGGAGGUCACCGAGACCUGUUUGAGUGGAUUGGUCCACCUGCUGUCCAAUCAUGAUGAGCACGUGGUGGCCGAGAGCGUGGUGGUGAUUAAGCGUCUGCUGCAGACAAAGGCAGCCGAGCACUUCGAGAUCAUCACCCAGAUGGCCAAGCUGAUUGAUUACAUCAAUGUACCGGCAGCUCGCGCGGCUAUCAUUUGGCUGAUAGGAGAGUAUAACGAGAAGGUGCCACUGAUUGCACCUGAUGUGCUGCGCAAAAUGGCCAAGUCGUUUGUAGACGAGCAGGACGUGGUCAAGCUGCAGGUCUUAAAUCUGGGCGUUAAGCUCUAUUUGACCAAUCCGGAGCAGACGUCGCUACUCUGUCAGUAUGUUUUUACACUGGCCCGCUACGAUCCCAACUACGAUGUACGUGAUCGCGCCCGUUUCCUGCGCCAGAUCAUCUUCCCGGCCAGCGGGUCGAGUUCGGUGCUCAGUCAGCACGCCCGCCAAGUGUUUCUGGCCAGCAAACCGGCUCCGGUGCCGGAGAGCAAGUACCGCGAUGGCAACACCUUCCAGUUGGGAUCGUUGUCCCAUUAUCUGAAUAUGCCAGCGGCUGGCUAUAAGGAUCUGCCUGCCUUUCCGGUUAUUCCGCCGGACUCAUCAGUUCGCAACAUAGCUGGUUUUAUGCAGGAGAAGCUGCCUGGCGAGGAUUCGCCCUCAGGGCGAACUUCCAAGGCGACUUCCGGCGGCGGCGGCGGAGGCAAGGAAAAGGGCACGGGUGCGGGCGAAAAGGGCUUCCUUUCCGAAUCAGAAGAUAAGUCGUCAUCGUACUCGGAAUCCGGGAGCAGCAGUGGUUCUAGCUCCAGCGACAGUGAGUCCGAUAGCGAUGGCAGCGGGAGCAGCGCAGAGAAGGAGAACCAGAAGGAGCAGCCCGCAAAGGUUUCCUCGAACAAGGAGCAGCUCAUCGAUGCUGGCAGUAACGAAGUGCAGGUGGCUCCUUCGCCGGCAAAAGCCACCACGAACAAUAAUAACAAUGCGGAUGGUUUCUCCGGCACCUCGGACAGCGAGGACUCGUCGGCGUACAGUGGCAGCAGUAGUGACGAUAGCGACUCCAACAGCGAUAACGAAGCGGAGAAGAAGAAGCCACCAGCAGGGGAGCCAAAACUAGAGAAGAUGAAAGAGAAGCAGGAGAAGCAGCCAGAGCAAUCAGAGCAACCGCCCUCUAAAAGCAAUCUGGAUCUGCUGCUCGAUCUGGAUGACAUUCCGCCCAUUGGUCCUGUGAUGACACCCUCGCUAGGAGGAUUCCUGACGCCUGGCACUCCAUUAAUGGCCGGACAGGCGGCACCACUGCAGCCGCAGCAUGCCCGCAAUCGGGUAGAGCUGGUGGGUCCCUCGCACAUCGAGUUCAAGCACAAGGAGCUGCUCAACAAGGUCAGUGGCCAUGGGCUGCAGCUGGCCUACCGUUUCACCCGAUCUCCGCAUCUCUUCUCGUCGAGCAUGUGCUCCAUUGAGCUGCAGUUUCAGAACCGUGGCGAAAAGGAGAUCACGUCUAUUCAUUUGGCACCCGCUACUCUGCCGGCAGGCAUGCAGUUGAAUGAGUUCGCACCCAUAACAAUCCUCCAGCCGCAACAAACGGCCAGCGGAGUGCUGGGCGUGGAUUUCAACGACUCCACGCAUGCUGUGGACUUGGAGCUAAUCUCCAGUGCCGGCACUUCACGGUUGCAAUUGAAGCCGCCGGUGGGCGAGCUGGUGAGAUCCGUCCAGAUCGGCGAGAGCUGUCACCGCGAGGAGCGAGCCAAGUUGCGCGGAAUGAACGAGCACCAGUGCGAGUUGCGCGGUCUGAGGCGGGAUCUGAUCGAUGUGACCGCCUUGCGGCAAAAGGUUUUCGAGUCGAUCAAUGUGGCGCACACGCACAGCUCUUCCAGCGGCCAGCUGCACUGUUUUGCCGGUCAAACCCUGAGUUCCAAGAGCCUCGUCCUCCUCACUCUGCACUGGCAAACGGAGGAGUCACUCACGCUGUUGGUCAACUGCGAAAAGAUGGUCAUCGGAUCCAUGGUGCUCAACGAACUGCGGAAUGCCCUGCAGCUCAGCUUCGCAAUGUGAGCGAUGGACACGAAAAGGGGCGAGAUGGCAGAUGUCAGCGAACAAAAUCGAGGAGGGAAAUGCCCCGGAAACAGCGCUACUCAAAAGGAGAACAAAGCAAAGCCGCCUCACUACGUAAACCUAAGCAUUCAUAUUUAGAAUAUAUACAGUAAAGAGCGGGACGAAAGUAAUCCUUAACAAGAACUUUUAACUUGUCUGAAGAUUCCACUACCGCAAAAUUUGCUCGCAAUUCAAUCAAAUGUGCAAUGUAACGAUAGAAAACAUAGUUCGAAUGUGGAAUUUAGAAUUCAAGUUCAUUAAUUAAUCAUUGUUAAAAAUGGAGGAAGGCCUAUUUAUUAAUUAUAUUUAACUAAAUGUUACUGUUCAAAAUGGAGACUACUUAAAUAUUUUCCUAUACAUUUUUAUUCGCUUACACUGAGAUAUUUUGCAUCCCAGAGUCACCAUUUCUUUUUUUAAAUGGAUGAACUCAACUUGAGAUUAUUAUAGCUUCCAGAUUGAACUUUGAAUUCUUCAAGGAUUACUUAACGCACCGCUCUUUUAUACAUAAAUCAUGAA